CAUGCAGGAGAACUAUGAGAAGGUGACCACUCUGGGGUUACCAGUUUCCCAACCUGAGGUGAUGUCCCAGCUGGAACGAGGGGAAGAGCUGUGGGUCUCAGAUCUCCAGAGCUCUGAGGAAGGAGAGAUCCUGAGAAGAACCUUCCCAGGAGAUGGUGGGAUGGUGAGUGAGAACAGGGAGCACAAUCCACAGCAGGAGGAUGCUGAGCAUGUGGAACCACACUGGGAAGUACCACAAAGAACGAAGGGGGACAUGUCCAGGAGUCAUAAGGAGAGGCAGCAGAGAAUCCAGCCAGUGCAGAAAAUGAUUAAAUCCAUCAAUUGUGAGGAAAAUCACAAGGACCUCCGGGAAACCACAGUGCAGCAGAGAAUCCUCAUGGGAGAGAGGAAACACACUUGCCCUGAGUGUGGGAGAAACUUCAGUAGACGCUCACACCUUAUUCACCAUGAGCGAAUCCACACAGGAGAGAGACCCUAUGAAUGCUGUGAGUGUGGGAAAAACUUCACUCGGCGCUCAGACCUUAUUAGACACCAGAAAACCCACACAGACGAGAGCCCCUAUGAAUGUUGUGAGUGCGGGAAAGCCUUCAUUUACUGCUCAGACCUGAGGAGACAUCAGAGGAUCCACAGGAGGCAGAGACCAUAUGAAUGCUGGUUACCAGUUUCUAAGCCUGAGGUGAUGUCCCAGCUGCAACGAGGGGAAGAGCUGUGGGUCUCAGAGCUCCAGGGCUCUGAGGAAGGAGAGAUCCUGAGAGGAACCUUCCCAGGAGAUGGUGGGAUGGUGAGUAAGAACAGGGAACUCAGUCCACAGCAGGAAGAGGCUGAGCAUGUGGAACCGCACUGGGAAGUAUCACAGAAAACGAAAGGGGAUGUGUCCAGGAGUCAUGAGGAGAGGCAGCAGGGAAACCAGCCAGCGGAGGAAAUGGGAAAAUCUAUCAAGUGUGAGGAAGAUCACAAGGACCUCCAGGAAACCACAGCGCAGCAGAGAAACUUCAUGGGAGAGAGGAAACACACUUGCCCUGAGUGUGGGAGAAACUUCAGUAGACGCUCACACCUUAUUCACCAUGAGCGAAUCCACACAGGAGAGAGACCCUAUGAAUGCUGUGAGUGCGGGAAAAACUUCACUCGGCGCUCAGACCUUAUUAGACACCAGAAAACCCACACAGACGAGAGCCCCUAUGAAUGUUGUGAGUGCGGGAAAGCCUUCAUUUACUGCUCAGACCUGAGGAGACAUCAGAGGAUCCACAGGAGACAGAGACCAUAUGAAUGCUGGUUACCAGUUUCCAAGCCUGAGGUGAUGUCCCAGCUGGAACGAGGGGAAGAGCUGUGGGUCUCAGAUCUCCAGGGCUCUGAGGAAAAAGAGAUCCUGAGAGGAACCUGUCCCGGAGAUGGUGGGAUGGUGAGUGAGAACGGGGAGCACAGUCCACAGCAGGAAGAUGCUGAGCAUGUGGAACCACCCUGGGAAGUAUCACAAAGAACGAAGGGGGACAUGUCCAGGAGUCAUGAGAGGCAGCAGGGAAACCAGCCAGCGGAGAAAAUGGGCAAAUCCAUCAAUUGUGAGGAAGAUCACAAGGACCUCCAGGAAACCACAGCGCAGCAGAGAAUCCUCAUGGGAGAGAGGAAACACAUAUGCCCUGAGUGCGGGAGAAACUUCAGUAAACGCUCACACCUUAUUCAUCAUGAGCGAAUCCACACAGGAGAGAGACCCUAUGAAUGCUGUGAGUGUGGGAAAAACUUCACUCGGCGCUCAGACCUUAUUAGACACCAGAAAACCCACACAGACGAGAGCCCCUAUGAAUGUUGUGAGUGCGGGAAAGCCUUCAUUUACUGCUCAGACCUGAGGAGACACCAGAGGAUCCAUACAGGACAGAGACCCUAUGAAUGCUGGUUACCAGUUUCCAAGCCUGAGGUGAUGUCCCAGCUGGAACGAGGAGAAGAGCUGUGGAUCUCAGAUCUCCAGGGUUCUGAGGAAAGAGAGAUCCUGAGAGGAACCUUCCCAGGAGAUGGUGGGGUGCUGAGUGAGAACAGGGAGCGCAAUCCACAGCAGGAAGAUGCUGAGCAUGUGGAACCGCACUGGGAAGUAUCACGAAGAACGAAGGGGGACGUGUCCAGGAGUCAUGAGGAGAGGCAGCAGGGAAACCAGCCAGCGGAGAAAAUGGGCAAAUCCAUCAAUUGUGAGGAAAAACACAAGGACCUCCAAGAAACCACAGUGCAGCAGAGAAUCCUCAUGGGAGAGAGGAAACACAUAUGCCCUGAGUGUGGGAAAAACUUCAGAAGUCGCUCACACCUUAUUAACCAUGAGCGAAUCCACACAGGAGAGAGACCCUAUGAAUGCUGUGAGUGUGGGAAAAACUUUAUUCGACGCUCACACCUUAUUAGACACCAGAGGAUCCACACCGGUGAGCGACCCUAUGAAUGUUGUGAGUGUGGGAAAACCUUCCUUUACCGCUCAGACCUUGGGAGACAUCAGAGGAUCCACACAGGACAGAGACCUUAUGAAUGCUGUGAGUGCGGGAAAAGCUUCCAUCAGGGGUCACACCUUAUUUAUCAUCGAAGAAUCCACCAGGGAGAUAAACACCAUAAAAUCCUUGUCUAGGGCUGGCAAAACAUACAUUUGUUUCUUUAAUAUUUUUGCUAAUUCCCACACGUGGCUUUUAAGGCUGUGAGUGCCAUUUACAUGAUUCUGGUCUCAACUCCCCCAUGUGAGUUGUCCGGUUCUGCUUUUUGCAGCUAGCCCUUCUUUGGGGGGAUCCCCAAAGCCCUGUUCUGCCAUCUGCUUUUCUCUAUGAGUCAUGGGAGUGUGAGUCCCUUUUACUAGGAAUAUGCGUCAGCCCCAGAUGGGGAGACACGAAUGUCCUCAGUUAGUUGCAUUGUGGUAAAAUCUACCUGGGCUUUCUCUCAUUGGCAUUUUUUGCAGUUAGCUAGCUCGAGUGAACUAUCCAGAUGGAAAAUCACAACUCUGUUUUCUGCGCUGACAUGACCCAAGUACAAUAGUCUGGGCAGGUAGCACUUUUCCCUCGACCUGUCCUAUCUUCCUCCACUUUUCCUAGUCUAGACAAACCAUUAUCAUGAUGCUAAAAACGUUUUUAAAUAACAUAACUCAAUAAUAAUGAGACAGCACUGAGUGUGAAGCAGGUUUCAGUGGAUCAGAGGAGAAUGCAACGGGAAGAUCUGUGGUUCUCAUUCCGAGUUAUCAGAUGUAACCUGCUCUAGAAUCUCAUUCCAUCUGAAACUGAAAAUAUCUUACACCUCUGUGAGCAGGGUUAGAUUUCCAACUAGGCAGUCGGAAGGUUGCCAAGUAUGCGAUUUUCUAACCCUGUGGGCUAUUUGCAGCUGUCAAUUGCCAAGGUUUUUUAGCAGUUGGAAGUUGCAGGAUUUUGAGUUCUUUUGCUACCCUGCUUCCACUGGCCCACUGCUCAGGAGAGAGGGAGCCUCCUGAUGUGUCCCGUCCCUUGCCAAGAUGCCCCACACACCACUUGUCUCAGUUCAUGGUCCCUCCCCUUAGGUUACAUUUGCAGCAUGUGUAGAAUUCUUAUCCGAGGGAGGCAGAAUUUUUUUUCUGCAAAAAUAUGCUGCAGUUCUGUCUUUUGUCCACCAGAGGCCACUGUGGUGCCAGAACAGCUUGAGCUUGCUGAGGCUGACUGCUCCAGCGGGCAGCGGCAAACAGCUGGCAGGCCAGUGGCAGGGGCAUUUCUUCCUCAAGUGAAAAGUUGCAGCAGCCUUCUUGGAGGCAGAGCAGGCCACAUAGGGCUGCUCGGCUGGGGAGUUCACAGGGUCACAUGGGGAGGCAGGGGGGCCACUGAUGAUGCUGUGUCUAGGAGUACAAGGUGUAAAUCCAGCCCUGAUUUUCCUCUCUUUCCUGAAGGCUGUUUGGUUACACAACUGGACAUUAAUAUUCUGUGGCAGAAUGUAGUUCAGAUUUAUUGGGGACUUUGAGUCAAAUAACCAGUUGCUUCAAUAGUCGUUUCUUCCUUUAUUUUUCCUUUUCCUCCACCCCUCCAUGAUGACAUGGGGAAAGUUCAAAUGCAGCUCAGUCAGCUGGAGAGAAUACUCCCAGUUCUGGGAUACGCUACCAAGGAAACAGGAGUGGUUUUAAAUCUCCAGUGGUUAACAACAGCACACCCCAAACUCUGCAACUAUCUGAAGUAACGAGGUAUAAUCACAGUGUUGAUCAAUUAUUUAAAUCAUUAUUAUCUCUGAUAACACAGGGAGAGAGUGCCACAGUAAGUGAUUUGGAACGAGGCAAAAUGCCCAUGUAUUUGGUUCCCAACACAGUUGUGACCCAGCUCCUACAGGAAGUUACUCCUGAAGAUAUCUCUGAGCUAAUCCUAAUAUUUGGGAAAUACUGCUUUUAGCUAUGCAGAUGUGGGGGAAAUAGAACUGGUGUUUUUUGUUGAAUUCACCCUUUGUAAUACUGCAAAUGUGUAUAAAAUAAAUUCAAUGUUCAGUGUGAGACAGCUGAAGGAAAAAUAUCUCUUUUUGAACAGAACCCAACCUCUUGUACCAUCCAAUGAGUCUCAUCAGGCCUAUAUCUGAUUGCUGAUUUAGACCUGUUCCAUCAGAUUAAAGAAGUAACCUGGGCAUGUUUGAGGAAGUCAUUACUCGCUAGCACAGCUGACAUUCUGGGUGAGCUGGUAAAGGAUUCUUCUCCAAAGAAACGUAAAUUUGUCCUCCUCAAGAUGAAGGAUUUGGCAAGAACUCAGAAACCACAGGCACCUAACUGCUGGUUUUCAGCACAGAGAUGAAAACUAUGGUGAGCUACGGUCUAAGCAGAAAUGUGUUUCGAACACAACUCCUUAGUUCUGUGACAUUGAUUAGAGUCCCAACAGGUGCCAGUUUGAUUGAGAACAAUUGCCCUUUACCAUUUGAAUCCAGAGUUUCAUGAGGCAAAGAAAAAGAGUUGAUUCCUUCAGAGGACAUUCCUUCCUCAGAAGGAUCCCAAUCUGGCUGCCUUGUUGGACAAUAAGCACUUUCCUUCUGUGCAAGUGAUGGUAAUCCAUGAGGAAAUGAGUGGGUCAAGCUCCAAGUUCAGACUGCAGGAUUUAUGAAUGUUGAAUCCUGAUUCUGUGCUUUGAUCUCUUGGUUUUGGUCUUGUGUUUUGUGCCUUUGCAUCGCGUCUCCAUCUCCUGUUACUUUGAAAGAUUAAAAUGUGUGAAAAUAG